AUGUUUCACCAGCGUUUAAAAGAAGGACUUCCACAAUUGGUCAAAAACAGGGAGGUGCUAGCUAUCUUCAACACCCAGGCUCAGGCGGAAGAAGAGAAGCUGAAAAAUGACCUGCUAGCCAUCAGACCUGUGAGCCCCACAAACUAUUGUGCAAGAUUUGGCAGUUAUCAAACAUUGGGCACAUUGAGAAGAUCGAUAUGCAACACCCAAGCAGGAGACGGAGAACCCAUUGAGGGACCACGGUGUGUUCAUGGCCCGGAAGCGUGGCUAGAGGGAUUGAGACAGAAAAGAUGGACACUUGCUACCAUACUCAUCGUCCUGCUUGCCGCUCACAGAUGCGACACAACAGCAUCCCUACUAGGUCAAGGUGACAACCAGGUGAUCGUGCUUAGAAUUCCUUCUCAACGAUAUGUUCAAGAGCGAAAGUUAACACCAGACGAGUAUACUAAACAGUUUCUCAGAGUGCUUGAGGAUAUCUGCACGGCGUCCGGGAUAGUGAUCAAGGUACCUGAAUCAUGGAGGUUCAGGAGGUUAUUGGAGUACGGCCGACGGUACUAUUUGGAUGGUGUUCAAGUAAGUGGGGCAUUGAAAAAGGCGUCAAGAUUUACAAGCGAGGCCAACCAAACAAUACAUACCACGAAUGCACUCAUCGCUGGUUUAUUCUCCAGUGGCACCUCAGUUGAGGGAGAUGACGAAACACCACUUCCUGCUUAUAUGAUGACGGUGUUCGAGGCUGCACGGGUCCUAUGGAAGAGGCACGCUGAGCAUUAA